AUGGCUCAAGGUCAAGGACGGCUGAACAGCUCUACCAAAAGGCCGAAAGGAAACUUGUCUGAUGGUAAUCGCAAGCUCGAUGCCUUUUCCAAGAGGCAAACGCUUGCGCAGCACAGGAAAUCUCUUCCAAUCGCUUCUGUGGAUAAACGACUGGUUGAGGAGGUUCAGAAGCACGAUACUUUGAUUAUUGUUGGUGAAACUGGAAGCGGAAAAACAACACAAUUACCUCAGUUUUUGUACAAUGCUGGGUUUUGCGGGGAUGGGAAACUCAUUGGGAUAACUCAACCUAGGCGUGUGGCUGCCGUGACUGUGGCAAAACGGGUUGCUGAGGAAUGUGGCGUAAAUUUGGGUGAAAAGGUUGGUUACUCCAUCAGAUUUGAGGACAUGACCUCUAGUUCAACAAGGAUCAAGUACAUGACAGAUGGAUUGCUACUGAGGGAAGCACUGUUGGAUCCACAUCUCUCUAGGUAUUCAGUCAUAAUUGUUGAUGAAGCUCAUGAGAGAACUGUCCACACUGAUGUGUUGCUAGGCUUGCUAAAAAGUGUACAAGAUGCAAGGUCAAAAUCCCUCAAUAACCUCCAAAAUACUAAAAACAAGAAAUCAAAUAAUGACAUACAAUUGAAAGAAAACGGUGCUCAGGGCCUCAAUUUUCUCAAGCAAUACCAAGGACGGACCCCGUUGAAGUUAAUUAUCAUGUCUGCCAGCUUGGAUGCACGAAUCUUCUCUGAGUACUUCGGUGGUGCAAGAGCUGUUCACAUCCAAGGGCGGCAGUUUCCUGUGGAUAUAUUUUAUACUCUUCAUGUUGAAAAUGAUUAUCUAGAUGCUUCGUUAGCCACCAUAUUUCAGAUUCAUCUGGAGGAGGGCCCUGGUGAUAUACUUGUAUUCUUGACGGGUCAAGAAGAAAUCGAAUCUGUAGAAAGACUUGUCAAAGAAAGACUUAAACAGUUACCAGAAAACAGUAAAAAACUAGUGGCUGUUUCUAUAUUCUCAUCUCUUCCUUCAGAACAGCAAAUGCGAGUUUUUGCACCGGCCCCUCAUGGAUUUCGUAAGGUAAUAUUGGCAACGAAUAUUGCUGAGACAUCCGUGACAAUAUCUGGAAUAAAGUACGUUAUAGAUCCUGGGUUAGUAAAAGCACGUUACUAUGACCCGAACAAAGGAUUGGAAUCUUUGGUUGUUGUUCCAAUUUCAAAAGCACAAGCUCUUCAAAGGAGUGGGCGUGCAGGGCGAGAAGGACCAGGGAAAUGCUUCCGCCUCUACCAAGAGGAUCAAUUUGGGAAAUUUGAGGAUUCAACAAAGCCAGAGAUCAAGCGGUGCAACCUCUCUAAUAUCAUUUUGCAACUUAAGGCUCUGGGUGUUGAUGAUAUCAGUGGAUUUGACUUCAUAGAAAAGCCUACAAGGUCGGCUAUUGUCAAGUCACUAGAGCAAUUGUUCCUGCUGGGUGCUUUAACAGAUGACUGUAAAUUAUCAAAUCCCGUUGGACGCCAAAUGGCAUGCCUUCCCUUAGACCCAAUUUAUUCAAAAGCUCUAAUCCUAGCAAGUGAAUUCAAUUGCCUGGAAGAGAUGCUGAUAACUGUUGCAAUGCUCUCAGUAGAAUCUAUAUUUUAUACUCCCCGUGACAAAAAAGAGGAGUCGAGAACUACAAAGAAAUCCUUUGCAAGUCCAGAGGGAGACCAUCUCACUUUGGUUAAUGUAUAUAGAGCAUCCAAUGAGUUCUUGGAAAAGAGAUCAGGUCUUAGUAAAGAGAAGCGUGAAAAAGCUUUCCGAAAAUGGUGCAAGGAAAAUUUCAUUGAUAGUCGCUCCCUGAGGCAUGCUCGUGACAUUCACAGCCAAAUUCGACGAAAUGUUGAACAAUUGGGUCUUCGUGUUGCCUCUUGUGGUGACGACGUGCUUCAGUUUUGCAGAUGCCUUGCAGCUUCUUUCUUCCUCAAUGCAGCUUUAAAGCAGCCUGAGGGAUCAUACAGGGCUUUAGCAAACGGUGAGAUAGUUUCGAUCCACCCGUCUUCCGUGUUUUUCAAGAACAAACCAGAGUGCCUAAUUUUCAAUGAACUAGUCGAAACUAAUCGUAAAUACAUCCGCAACACAACUAGGAUCGAUUAUUUGUGGUUAACUGAGCUUGCUCCUCAAUUCUAUGCCGUGCAGAAUUGA